CACAAUGACAUUUGUCAAUGGUUUCAUGUUUUGGUGCACGCGGAUCAUAGGCGGAAGUGAACAAUUCGAGCAAUUUCCUUUUCCUAUUCGUACAUUUUUGAAAUCUUAAAAAAUAUCACAACUUUACCAAAGUUUGGUAGAUUAGAUAGAUAAUUACUGUGAUCGUGUGAGUAAUACUCAUGGAGGUGACAGAUUUGAACGAUCUUUUAAAUGUACGCACUAUUAAAAUGGAGAGUGUUGAAAAUACAUUUGAGGAAGCUUCGGGCAGUGUAGAUACUUCGGAUCCUCUUUCCGUGAUACCGCAAUAUGUUACUGAAUCCGAUUUAGGUCUGAUGCCGACGGGAGUGGAGAUCCUGCAAGCUCCGCUGGCCGUGUUCGAGGAUGCCCCGGAGGAUGAGGACACCAUGCAGAGCACCGAUUCUAGCGAAGAGGUAAUAGUGCAGUUAAUGGACAUCCGGACCCGCCUGUCCAAAUUAAGAAGUAUGUUGGAACGAAGACUGGGCGUCGAUCUGUCAGAAUACACGUUCUGGCUGCAGGAUGCUAAAAUGUUGGAAAACCACAAAACCCUGGUUGAGCAAUGCAUCAGAGGCGAAGGCGUCGUCCAGGUCAACAUACAAGUGCGAGCGGCGGAGAGAAAGAUCAACAUACUAGACGUUUUGAAACCGGAUGAGGAACUGGUAGCAUUACCCACACCUACGCAAGAAGUAGAAGAUACGAUAGAGGAAACGGAUAUAGAGCCAGAACCGACGCCGCACGCCGCCGCCGUCAAGUGGGUGGUGGACGCCGGCUUUAAACAGCACCACAGCCGCGCCAGCAUACCCGACGACCCUGCAGAUUGGUCCGUUCAACACGUCAAACUAUGGAUACAAUGGGCGGUCCGGCAGUUCAAUCUGACAGGUGUCAAACUGUCAGACUGGCACAUCAGUGGGUGGACGUUGUGUGCGCUCACUAAUUUAGAUUUCAAAGAAAAAGUACCAUCGGACCCGGGCGACUUAUUUUGGACACAUUUUGAACUUUUGAGAAAAUGCAAGUUCAUUGCGGUGGUUCAGAACCAAAACCAAACAAAACUGGACCCACUGGAAACGCCACAGUCAGCCAUCAAAAAACGACCCAAAAUGCAAGUGAUCCACACAUACACUGAUGAGGAGGCCACAUUCGCUCACACUCGGAAUGGGAACAACGGACAAGUGCAGUUGUGGCAGUUUCUGCUGGAACUGCUGACGAGCGCUGAACACCUGGACGUGAUACGGUGGCACGGCACCGAGGGCGAGUUUAAGCUCCUCGAGCCCGAGCGAGUGGCUCGACUGUGGGGGGCGCGCAAACACAAACCGGCCAUGAACUACGAGAAACUGUCCAGGGCUCUGAGAUAUUAUUACGAUGGUGAUAUGAUCGCGAAAGUCGCGGGGAAAAGGUUCGUGUACAAGUUCGUGUGCGAUCUGCAGCAGCUGCUCGGGUACGGCGCGGGCGAGCUCGCGCAGCUCGUGCAGGAGGUCCACGACGACAGGCACGAGGCGUAGGCGGUCACUCACACACCUGCCGCUGACUCGGGUCACUCACGCAAAAUUGUUCUCGUGCGGAUUGGUCACUCGCACCAACUGAUAUUAACGGGUCACUUACGCCACCGGGUCACUCACUAAUGGUCACUCACGCAACAUUCACCGCAGCUCGUGCAGGGGGUCUACGAUGACCAGCACAAAGCGUGGCUGUGAACGUUGUGUGAGUGACCCCACACAACGUUCACAGCCACUAGACGUAGGGGGUCACUGCACUGACGUCAACGGGUCACUCACAAGUCUUCUCUAGCGGGUUGGCCACUCGUGGGUCACUCACAACCUUCAAAGAGACAUGAUAUUCACAGCACAUUUCUCAGCACAACUUCGUCUAUCGUACAAAAUAUUCAUAAAAUCGAAUAUUUAAUUUAACCCUUAAAUGCAUGAUUUUUUCUUUUUGCCUGAAAUUAAUAUAUGUCUUACAUAAUUGUUUACUGAUUCUAGGAAAAAUAAAAAUAUAAAUUAAAACAUCGAUUUUCACUGCUUAACCAGUAUUAGAAUUUACAUAGGGUAAAUAAUAAUUUAUGUAAAUUUAUACAAUUAUUGGUAAAAGAUAUAAAAAAUCUUACUACCAUUAGAAAUUUAUACUAUUUGUAAUAUACCUAUAAUAAAGAUUUUAAAUAUAAAUAAUUACAAACCCCGAAAAAACCGCUUAAAUUACAUAUUAAAAAUCAUUAAAUUUUCCCAAUUUUCCGCCAUUUCGUGUUAAAAGAAAUGUAAUUUUUUUAAACUUAAAUACUGCGCAAAUUUCAAUAAAACGAAGGAAAGUGUAUUAAUUUACGAUCAAAAUAAUUAUACAGGACCAAAUAGAGUUUACCUAAUUAUGCAUAAAAUUAUAUGUUUUUUGUUGUGUACAUACAUACAUCACUAUGCAUUUAAGGGUUAAUAUUUGUUGAAUUUUUAGUCGGUUCUAUUCCCGGACGAGACAAGUUUAUAAAAAUCUUUGAAUGCAGUAUUGUUUCUUUAAAAAAAUAAAAGAAUGUUUCCUUUAAAUUAAAGGCACUUUCCCUCCAGGGCCCAUAAUUUUUUUUUCACUGUAUAUACAAUAACCGCCGUAUGUUUGUGUAUGUGUGUAUGU